AUGUCUUUAAACUCCACGUACGAACGUAAGUAUAGUAUAUUAAACACAUGACUAUAGUUUUUUGUGCAAAGGUUGACUGUUUUUCAUAAGUUUUUUUUUCUUUUCUAGUCAACUGUAAAAUUCCAGUUUUUUAACAAUAGGUUUCUUUUUAUUUUAUAGAUGCUGUUUCAUGGUAAGAAAAAAUGUUAAUGCAGGUUUAAUUUUCAAGAAUUUAAAUAUCAAAUAUUCAAUUCGCCUCAAUAUGGACAAUUCAGUUGUGAAUACGAGGCCAUAGCCCGAGUGUUUUUGUCCAUUUAAUGACGCUCUGAAUUGAGUUCACAGUAUUAAUACCUGACAGAUGAUGAAACAGUAAUUUGGAACUGACAUCUUACAAAAUAUCUUAACUGAUAGCUGACAAAUGAUGAAACAGUAAUUUGGAGCUGACAUCUUACAAAAUAUCUUAACUGAUAGCUGACAAAUGAUGAAACAGUAAUUUGGAAAUGACAUCUUACAAAAUAUCUUAACUGAUAGCUGACAAAUGAUGAAACAGUAAUUUGGAAAUGACAUCUUACAAAAUAUCUUAACUGAUAGCUGACAAAUGAUGAAACAGUAAUUUGGAACUGACAUCUUAUUAAUAAUCUAUUUCCCAGGAUAGAGGAAGCGGCUUGCGAGUGUCAGAAAACAGAGAAUGUGGACAUUGACAACCUUAUUUCAAAUUGUACAAAUUGUAUGAACAGUCUCGAUGCAUUACUCUCUAUGGAACACAACAAUAUCAGAUUGGUACGAAAUUGAUAGCUUUUAUUUUCAGCAUUGAAGUUCAUUCAUUCUUCUUCUCCGGGUUUGCUGAGCUCCUUCCUUCCUUCCUUCGCUCUUUCUUGUUCUCUUUAGACGUUUAUUAUCAUCAAUAUUAUCUUUAGACAACGAUACCGUAUAUAGUCUAUAUAUAUAAGAGUUUUUUGUACGAUGUUUGUGAUGUUAUUCUGAGUGUGCAUCCACACCGGGCAAGCUGAAAAGUUUGCUUGAUCUUUGGGAUACUAGUCCAAUGCUCUACCAACUGAGCUCCGAGGUCAAGUCGGUUCAGUUGAUGAUAUUUCGGAACUGAGUCUAGUUCCUUCGAUAUCAAUGUAUUCUAAGAUGAUGAUUUUUUGUGUGUGUUGAGCUUUUGUAUGUUACGUAACACGCGCUCAAAACUAAUGAGUAGUAUACCACUUGCGGUUAUGACUAUAGUAGUAUAGUCAACAUUCUUAUUUUUCGAUACGUUUCUUAAUCGGCAAACAAACUUAAAAAGAAUGUCUAGUGCUUUAUCUGUAAAAUAAUGCUACAAUGAAGAGAUUUUAGAUGUUACGCCAAAGAGAAUAUGAUGUCUGAAGUUCAGUAGAUUGCCUCUUAUUAUUGAGCUUCAAACUAUUUCAGGCGGCGUUAGAGCAAGUGAGCAAUUCAUUACAUCAUCAUACGAAGUUGUUGGUGAAGAAAAAAGAACAGUUAUCAACAGGAGUUAAAAACACUUCAACAGGUCAGAGUUGCAUAUUUACCUACUUCGGACACAUGCACCAUUAGAGUAAGCCACGAAGUCAAUCACACUCUCUCACGCACAGGAAAACGCCACACAUUCCCUGCUUGCCAUUGGCGAAGACUAGAUUUUAUAAAUAUAUUGUUUGCUAGAGAAGAUAUGUAUUUUGUAAUCAUUGUCUUUCUUUUCUUCGAAGAUGGAGUGAAAAGCUCAAACGAAAAAGAUGGUGAUGGUCAAGAACGGAGGUUCAUAAAAUUAUAUCAUGAUAUUAAAACUGUCAACCUAACGAGUCAUGCUCUGCAUGUUGGUUGUACUCGCGUAAAAACGCACAAGUUGUAACAAACCUGCAGCAGACUUGUAGCAAUGCUGUUCCAACAACUUGUCAACAGGAUGUGUUCGCACUGCUUGUUCCCAGCUUGUUGACAACUUGUCAACGGCUUCUUGACAACUUGCUACAAGGUUGUUGAACUCAACAGACUUGUUACAAGUUGUUCCAACAACUUGUUAUCGUCCUGCAAUUCAACAACUUGUCAACAAGUUGUGAGUGACAACCUUGUAGCAACUUGAUAAAAUAACAGCAUUGUUACAACUUGUUGACAAGCUUGCUACAAGCCUGUUGCGAACACGUCUUGUUGACAAGUUGCGAGAUUUUUACGUAUGUACAUGGCAAUAGCUUGACAGUAUUUUCUCAUUUCUAUAAUCAUUAAUUUUCCUAAUGUUCUUGCAGUCGGCGUGUUGCGAUAGAAGAUACAAUCCUAAGCAAAGGUUACGUAAAGUUUUCAGAUGUCGCAGGAUUGGAGGAAGCCAAGAAUACUCUGAGAGAAGCGAUUGUUCUACCGUUACAAUAUCCACAUUUCUUUACAGGUUCAAGAUAUAUUCUUCCAUCUUUAAACAACUACUUUCAAGACAAUAUUCUGUUGACACAUGGCAAUUACAGAGAAACGAACCACAAACUGAGCUCCAGUAAGGCUAAUGUAUGAAAGGUUCAGUUUUACAACAGGAGGAAAUCGGAUUACCUGGAGAAAAUCUGAGAUGUUGUCGGUAGGACGAACUGGAAUAACUCUGCUCACAUAUGACUAAAGCCCUGGUCAAAUGAGACUGAGAGUUUGCAUGAGAGUUUGCAUGAGAGUUUCAUGAGAGUUUGCAUGAGAGUUGAGAAGCGAGAGUUUGCAUGAGAGUUUUCUCAACUUUCAUUGCUUGGUCAAACAAGAACAAAGAGUUGCACGAGAGUUGAGAAGCGAGAGCUUACAUGAGAGUUUUCUCAACUUUCAUUGCUUGAUCAAAUAAGAACACGAGUUGCAUGAGAGUUGACAAGCGAGAGUUUGCAUACGAGUUCUCUCAACUCUCAUGUCCCAGUCAAAGGAGAACAAGAGUUGCAUGAGAGUUGAUAGAGUUGACUGGAUAUUACCACGAGCGUAGGGAAAACUCUCAUCAAGCGGGUCAAGGUAAAACGCACUAUGGUCUGCAAACAAGUUGUUACAAAACAAGUUGUUACAAGCUGUCGACAAGUUGUGUUCGCAUUGCUUGUUCCCAGUUGUUGUAACAAGUUUGGAACAAGCUGUUAACAACUUGUAACAAGCUUGAUGGCAUUAUCAGACUUGUUACAAGGUUGUUCUAACAAGUCUGAUACAGUCAUGAUAUAACAAUAAUGUUACAAGGUUGACGACACAAGGUUUUAACAAUAUUGUUAUAUCAUGACAGAAUCGGACAGUUGAAUUCAAUUAUUCGGACUUGUUGGAACAACUUUGCAAAAAGUCUGAUAAUGCCAUCAAGCUUGUUACAAGUUGUUAACAGCUUGUUCCAUACUUGUUGACAACUUGGGACAAGCAGUGCGAACACAACUUGUUGACGGCUUGUUGGUAGACUUGCAACAGGAUGUGAGAUUUUUACCCGUGUAGGCGGCCGCAAACCUUGGAGAAGAAUACUUCUGUAUGGACCACCCGGUACAGGUAUGCAGCACAAAUAUGCGCUAGUAUGAUUCCUGAAUGUUCAAAGUGCAAAACAAUUAACACUAACUUUCAUAUGAAUUUCUUGUAGGAAAAACAAGAUUGGCACAAGGUGUAGAUCUUUUUAUACAAUUCUACUGAAUAAUCACUGCAAUAUUUCAUACUUUUAUUUUGACAACUGCAGGUUGACCAUCAUCUGCUGACGAUAGUGCUUCAUCUACCUAUUCAUAACUACAAUAUACGAAGCCAUUAUCUUUAUCUUGCUGUUAUUUCUAGCGGUUGCCUCUGAAAUUGAUUCAACAUUUUAUUGCGUCUCAAGUGCGGAUCUCGUGUCCAGUUGGGUGGGAGAAAGUGAAAGGUAGAGUGGGUUUAUGGAUAAAACGUAUACCAUUGAAAUUUCUAUGGUGUAGUGUUGUAAACCACUUGAUACAAACCUUAUAGAUUGAUUAAAGAACUGUUUAACCACGCAAGACAAAGGGACGGGAAAUCAGUGAGUUAGAAUAAUAAAUUGUGUAAAAUCUAACAUUAUAAUCUGUCGUUAUUUUUUUGUCAAGAUUUUUGUGAUUUUGUCCUGCUUUUUUAAAGGUUUCCUAUUUGAGAAACGAAGGCUUGAAAAGGCAAUACAUUGGAUCGUAGAACUCCAAUCAGAGUAGCUUUGGCCCUUAUAUGGCAUCAUAUUAAUAUUUUAAUGGUAUCUAUGAAUGUUUUCAGCUGAUCUUCAUCGACGAGAUCGACAGUAUUUGCAGGAAACGAAAUUUACGCGAGGAAGAACACACGAGAAGAAUAAAGACGGAACUUUUGAAACAGAUGGAGGGAGCGGACAGUUCUUCUUCCAAAGAUGAAAAGAUCUUCUUUCUUUGCGCAACCAACUGCCCUUGGGAGCUGGAUAGCGCGUUCUUGAGACGAUUUCAGAAACGUGUCUACAUUCCUUUACCAGAUGGGUAAGAAUAACCGAUGAUCCUCAUUAGAACAGUUUAGAACUGAUAGAGUUAUCCAGUAUAAAUAAAGUUGGCUUAGGUUUCCUCCUGUAGUACACGAAAUCAAUAAGAGAUGAUCCUUACUGGACCUCUAGGGAGAACAGUUUAAAACUGAUAGAGCUAUCGAGUAGAAAUAAAGUUAGUUUAGUUUAGGUUUCCUCCUGUAGUAACACUGGAUCAAUAAGAGAUGAUCCUUACUGGACCUCUAUAGGAAGAACAGUUUAGAGCUAUCCAGUAUAAAUAAAGUUAGUUUAGUUUAGGUUUCCAUCACCGGAUCAAUAAGAGAGAAGAUAAGGAUACGGAACGGAUUUAAGGGAGAACAGUUUAGAACUAUCCAGUAAAAAUUAUUUGUUGUAGGGAAGCGCGCAGAUCGUUGAUGAAGCUACACAUCAAGGAUACAGUGACGUCACUGAGUGACGCAGACUGGGAGAUUCUUGCUGCAAAAACCGAAGGUUUCUCCGGCAGUGACAUUGCUUCGUGCGUUUCUGAUGCUAUGUUUGAACCUUUACGUGAACUGCGAGAUGCACAUUUCUGGGAAAUUACCACAGGUAUAGAGCUAAGGUUUAUAGAAUUAGGAGUUCAAGGAAACCAGGUGUAAUAUCAAACAUGCUUCGUUACUCUGGUUCAAGGAAAUGAAUGGAAUCCCCGAACACAUUAGAUUCACGUUUAACAACAUGGAUCUUAUAUAGAAAUCUACAAAGGAUCAGUUGUGGUCCCCACGCUUACCUUUCAAGCUGGGAGAGCCGGGUUGAAUCCUUGGUCGGACCUCUACUCAAGCUCUUAAAAUAAUCAAGGAGAAAGAGCUACCUUUACAUUGACAUCAGUAAAUGGUUAGACUUUCGCGUCUUCUCGGAUAAGGACGUUAAAAUCGUAGGUAUACCUCGAAAUGCGCUCACUUAUGAGUGAGAAAUUCGAUAAACUCUGGUAAUUCUAGGUUGAUCACAAUCUGCGUAUGAUAAUGCUUCGUGAAACUCAGCUAUACUUAUUUUCUGUUUCAGAAGGACAUUAUAUUCCGUCGCCCAAAAAGACCAAAGGAUCCGUGGAAUUGGAAAUAACAGCAAUGCCGCCGCAAAUGGUAAUUAGACUACCACGUAGAGUAAUAACAGGGUGUCCACCCUUUGGUGAAGGUGAAAUUCAAGGACUUUUCCAGGACUUUCAACGCCCUUUUCAGUAAAUUCAAGGACCUAGAACUAGGAAAAAUCUUUGAAAAUGGCAAGGAUUUUAGACUUUAACCAGCAAAUGAUUCACUUUAUUCAGUAUUUUUUAUCAAAAUCACUAAUGUUGGCACAGCUGGAGGUAAAGGAAAUUAAUUCCAGGACUUUAAAGGACUUCUACUGAUUUUCAAGGACUUUCCAGGCCUGGAAUUCUUUUUUCCAAUUCAAGGAUUUUCCAGGAUUUUCAAGGCCCGUGGACACCCUUUUAUCCCCUCGCGAGUAAAAUCGUUUAGCGUUAGAAGGAGUAAAAUGAUAAAGUAGGGCGCAAUAACAAAUGUCAAAAAGUAUAUCAUUGAAAAAAUGAUAAUUUUUAACAAAAGUAUAUCAUUGGAUGUUCAAGUGUUUUUCCUCAUAUUUUCAGGUUCAACCUCGAGCAAUAUGUUUGAAUGAUUUCCUCAAAGUCAUCAGCCACAAUCACAAGACUAUCUCACAAGAAGAUAUUGAGAAAUUUGAAGAUUUCACGGCACAUAUGGGACAAACUGGUUGA